UUCAAAAAUAUCAAACCAAAAACAUGUCGACACUACUAUCUUCUUUUCGUGGUCAUUUCUUCAAACAGUUGGUGUGCACAUCCUUUUCAUCAAUUCAUACCCCUCCAAUUCUGACCCAUGGAUCAACUUUCAAGUUACUUGGAUCCACUAAACAUAACCCAUUAAGAAAUUUAAAAGAUUUCCUUAAUUUAAGGUCAGUCAGUUCCACAUUCUGUACAGCUUCUUCUGCUGCAACUGAAACUUCAAAAACUGGUUCAUAUUUAUCUGUUGACAUACAAUGUCAUCAAGAUUUUGCAGAUACGUUUUCAGAAGCACUUUUAUGUUUUGGUGCUGUUUCAACAAGCAUGGUUGAACCAGACAGCUGCAAUUCUAAUGAUGAGGUGUCGAUUGGUUCGAUAUUUGCUGUAUCUCAUGAUGUGCAUCAAAGUAUUGCAUUGGCAGCUGACUCCAUAGGCUUGAAGGAAACACCUGUUUUUAAAGUUACAACGGGUUACCAGUCUGAUUGGAUUGAUAAUGCUCGGGAAUCUUUUCAUCCCAUUGAAGUCAUGGAAGGACUUUGGAUUGUUCCCGAGUGGAUAACUCCUACGGACAUUCAAGGAGCAAUUAUAAGUUUAAACCCUGGGCUAGCUUUUGGAACUGGAGACCAUCCUACUACAAAGUUAUGUAUGUUGUUAUUACAUAGUUUGAUCAAAGGCGGCGAAAAGGUUUUGGAUUAUGGCACAGGUUCAGGGAUUCUUGCAAUUGCAGCACUAAAGUUUGGUGCAGCUUCGUCGGUUGGCUUCGAUAUAGAUCCUCAAGCCAUAUCAGCUGCACGUCAUAACGCUGCUUUGAACAACAUAGGACCCGAGAAAUUGGAAUUGCAGAUUGUUCCAUGUAACAUUAAUCCUAUGUCAACGGGCCAAUGGCACUGGGCUAUGAAGAGUGAUAAUGUAGAAGAGCAGGAUUUUAAUGACUUGGAAAUUGUUGCCAAAAGAGAGGAGUAUGACGUCGUUAUUGCUAACAUUCUUUUAAACCCGUUGCUAGAUUUGGCUGAUCAUAUUGUUUCUUAUGCUAAACCUGGUGCUGUAGUUGGUCUCUCUGGUAUCAUCUUGGAACAGGUACCAACUGUUGUAGAUCGUUACUCGGAUCUUUUGGAAGGCAUAACUGUGUCUGAAAUGGGUGAUUGGGCUUGCAUAAAUGGCACCAAGAGGAAGAUGGGUAGCUAAAGGAGUGUAGUCUUUUAUCAGGCUAAUCUUUGGCUAAGAAGUUCUGUAUAGGAAGAAGGCUAUUCCUGAAGCCUUCUGUACAUGCUUCUGUAUGACUAUCAGAAAUUAAUUAUGGAACAAUGAGGAAAUUUUUGGUGGCCUUAUUACAACUGUAUGAUAAAUCUGAAGCUGGUCGUAAUUUAUACUUCCGUGAUGAGACUAGGGAUUGUGCUUUUUGUGCCAUGCUAACCAUAAUUUCAUUUUAUGUCUCAUCAAUAAGUGCAAAAAGAUAUUAACGGAUUAGUAUUA